AUGUAUUUGUGGUUUUUUUUUAAUAAUCUUUUUAUCAUUAAAGCUUCGGAAGAAUGUGAUGUAUGUGUUGAAUUACACACUCAUAGAUGCAUAAAUGAAACAUGUGUUUGUUAUGCUGGGUUCGUUGGACCUACAUGUGCAGAUCGAGUAACAACAUUAGUUUCAGAAUUAUCUACAUCGCAGAUUAAUAUUGCUGCAAUCGUAGCUGGUAUUCUCGGUGGUGCCUUAUUUGCUGUUAUUGUUAGUUUAGUGAUUUUUUUUAUUUGGAAAAGAAGAGUUAAAAAGAAAUCAGUUACAUUGUCAUCAUCAAUAGCAGCUACAAAUUUAUCAUCAUCAUCGGUACCUAUUGUAGUACCAGCUCUGUAUAAUAUAUCAUCAUCUCGACGAAGUUCAUCUGUAACAUCUGCUUCAACAAUGACUUAUCAUUUAUACGAGGAGCUGUUAUAA